UCGACAGAGUUUCUCUCCUCGCUAGGUUGCCGACUCUCCAAGUAAAAGCGAUUUCUCCCUUCCCUUGCGAUCUACGACGGCACCCCGGCGAUUAGCGAUCAGAAGGUCCGGAGAUGGCGGUGGUGAGCUCGGCGAGCGGCCUUAUUGCGAUGCUCCACGAGCCGCACCCGGCGCUUAAGCUUCACGCCCUCGACAAGCUCAACUCCCUCGUCCACCUCUUCUGGCCCGAGAUCUCCACUAGCGUGCCCACCAUUGAAAGUUUAUAUGAAGACGAGGAAUUUGAUCAGAGGCAACUAGCUGCGUUGGUUGUCUCUAAGGUGUUCUACUAUCUCGGAGAGCUUAAUGACUCAUUGUCUUAUGCCCUUGGUGCGGGAUCCUUAUUUGAUGUAUCAGAAGAUUCUGAUUAUGCGCAUACUCUGUUAGCCAAAGCACUAGAUGAGUAUGCUGCUCUUAAGUCUAAAGCGUUGAAAACAAGUAAAAAUGAAUCUCAAAUGGAUCCAAGGUUGGAGGCCAUUGUGGAAAGGAUGCUUGACAAGUGCAUUUCCGAUGGCAAAUACCAGCAAGCCAUGGGAAUGUCAAUUGAAUGUAGGAGGCUAGAUAAGCUUGAAGAAGCAAUUGCCCAAAGUGACAAUGUUCAUUGUGCACUUUCAUAUUGCAUAACGCUUUCACAUUCAUUUGUCAAUCACAGGGAAUACCGCUGUGAGGUUCUUCGUCUACUGAUCAAGAUAUAUCAGAGGUUGGAUUCUCCUGAUUAUUUAAGCAUUUGUCAGUGUCUUAUGUUUUUGAAUGAACCAGAAGCUGUUGCGACCAUUUUGGAGCGGUUGCUAUCAGGGAACAAGGAGGAUGCACUUCUUGCAUUUCAGAUAGCUUUUGAUCUCGUGGAAAAUGAACACCAGGCAUUCCUAUUAAAUGUUGUGAACCGCUUAUCAAACUCCAAAUCUCAAGCUAUUGAUCAUGGAAGCCCUGACCAAGUAUCAUCCACUCAAAAUUCACAGAAUGGGAAUGCUAGUGCAAGUGCAGAUGAUGUUCACAUGAUUGAAGAAUCACAUGCUGCUAAUGGGACUGCAGAAAAUAUCAAUGAAGUGGACACCACACAUAAUGAAAGGCUUGCAAAGAUAAAAGGAAUAUUAUCUGGAGAAACAUCAAUUCAAUUGACUCUACAAUUCUUAUAUAGUCAGAAUAGGUCUGACCUUUUGAUUCUUAAAACAAUAAAGCAGUCGGUGGAAAUGAGAAACAGUGUGUGCCACAGUGCAACAAUAUGUGCCAAUGCUAUAAUGCAUGCUGGAACAACUGUUGACACUUUUCUUAGAGAAAAUCUGGAAUGGCUUAGCAGAGCAACAAAUUGGGCCAAGUUCAGUGCUACCGCUGGACUAGGAGUUAUUCACAGAGGUCAUCUGCAGCAAGGAAGGUCACUGAUGGCACCGUAUUUGCCUCAAAGUGGUGCUGUUGGUGGUGGUAGUCCAUAUUCUGAAGGUGGUGCACUUUUUGCUUUAGGACUGAUUCAUGCUAACCACGGAGAAGGCAUCAAACAAUUUCUUCGUGAAAGCUUACAGAAUACUAAUGCUGAGGUUAUUCAGCAUGGUGCAUGCCUAGGCCUUGGAUUGGCAGCUUUAGGAACAGCAGAUGAGGAAAUAUAUGAAGAUGUUAAAAAUGUGCUCUAUACAGAUAAUGCUGUGGCUGGUGAAGCUGCUGGCAUCAGCAUGGGCCUGCUUAUGGUUGGUACUGCAAGUGAGAAGGCAGGUGAAAUGCUUGCAUAUGCACACGAUACACAACAUGAAAAGAUCAUUCGGGGCUUAUCUCUUGGAAUUGCAUUGACAGUUUAUGGAAGGGAGGAGGGGGCGGAUGCUUUGAUUGAACAAAUGACAAGGGAUCAGGAUCCUAUACUUCGUUAUGGGGGCAUGUAUGCCUUGGCUUUAGCUUAUAGGGGGACAGCAAACAACAAGGCCAUCCAUCAGUUGCUUCACUUUGCUGUCUCAGAUGUAAGUGAUGAUGUGCGAAGGACAGCUGUACUGGCUCUUGGAUUUGUUUUAUACUCCGAACCUGAACAGACCCCAAGAAUUGUUUCCUUGCUGUCUGAAUCUUAUAAUCCUCAUGUUCGUUAUGGUGCGGCUUUAGCAGUUGGCAUUUCUUGUGCUGGUACUGGUUUGAGUGAGGCCAUUUCUUUGCUUGAGCCUCUAACAUCUGAUGUUGUGGAUUUUGUCCGCCAAGGAGCUCUCAUAGCUAUGGCCAUGGUUAUGAUCCAAACUAAUGAAUCCUGUGACUCUCGUGUUGGAACGUUCAGGCGGCAAUUAGAGAAAAUAAUUCUCGACAAGCAUGAAGAUACAAUGAGCAAGAUGGGUGCAAUAUUGGCUUCUGGAAUUCUUGAUGCUGGUGGAAGGAACGUAACCAUUAGACUGUUGUCUAAAACAAAGCAUGAUAAAAUCACAGCAGUAGUUGGACUGGCUGUAUUUAGCCAGUUUUGGUAUUGGUAUCCCCUUCUCUACUUCAUAAGCCUUGCGUUCUCCCCAACUGCCUUUAUCGGACUUAAUUAUGAUCUGAAAGUUCCAAAAUUUGAGUUCUUAUCGAAUGCGAAACCUUCGCUGUUCGAGUACCCUCGCCCAACAACACCUCCGACCUCAAUUUCAGCAGUCAAAAUGCCUACAGCUGUUCUGUCAACAGCAGCUAAAGCAAAAUCGAGAGCGAAAAAGGACACUGAACAUAAAGGCUCUCUGGAUAAGCUGUCAAAUGACGAUGCCUCAAGUGCUUCAGCUUCUACAAAGCCUAGUAAAUCUACUGAGAAGGAUGCUGAUGCAAUGCAGGUGGAGACUGCUGUGGAAAAGAAAUUGGAGCCCGAACUGUCUUACGAGACUUUGACAAAUCCAGCAAGGGUCGUGCCUACCCAAGAAAAAUACAUCAGAUUCCUUGAGGGAAGCAGAUAUAUACCUGUCAAGUUAGCGCCUUCCGGAUUUGUCCUCUUGAAGGAUCUGCAACCCUCUGAAGCGGAGGUACUCACACUUUCAGAUGCACUGACAACAGCACCUCCCAACGCGGCAGUAACUGGAGCAGCUUCGACAGGUCAGCAGGGAUCUGGAUCUUCAGCGAUGGCAGUAGAUGAUGAGCCUCAGCCGCCACAAGCAUUCGAGUACAGUGGUUGAUCAAAUCAUGACCUUGUUCAAAUACAUUACAGCUCGAACAAUAGUCCAUGGCUUAGCCUCAAAACGCAACUUCCGUUUCAUCCUUUUUGUUUUCUUCUGUUGUCAAUAUAUUUUUGGGAAUGCUCGUGGGAUUCAUCGGUGAAAGGAACACCACUAGAAUUGUUCGACAACCAAGAACCCUUUAGCUCUUUGUCAUGGAGGACCAUGUGAUUGGUAGGACACAUAAUUUUCAUUAAUUAUCUGCUUUGUGCGCAUUUGUAACUCA